AUGUCGAGUAGUGUAUUGCAGUGUUUCUUGGGUGCUUUGCAGGCUUCUCUCUCUGUUCUUCUAACCAUGAGUUACGGAGUGGUUGCUUCCCGAUUUCGUCUCUUGCGAGAAUCGUCAUCAAGGGACAUCAAUCAGCUCUGUGUUGGCGUGUUUCUCCCCGCGUUGCUCAUCACAAACGUUGGCACCGAGUUAUCGUCCGAUUCGGUAGGAGGUGUAAUUCCAGUUCUAGCCUGGGCCAUUGUGUAUACCCUUUCCUCCAUGACAGUGGGAUACUUCCUACGAAGAGCAUUUAAGUUCCCUGCCUGGACUACACCGGCAAUAUGUUUCAACAAUACCACGGCCCUGCCGCUGCUUCUCACCAAGUCUCUCCAAACUUCGGGUAUCCUUGAGAGUCUGACCACUGGGGUGGAUGAUACAAGCUCAGACGCAGUCACUCGAGCAACGUCGUACUUUCUCUUUGCCUCGAUAGUGAGCAAUACGUUCACCUUCGCGGUUGGACCGAAACUUCUCGACGACGAGGAGAGUCCAGAAGACAAUGACGAUGACAACAGGAACGUGGAACAAGAGAUCGACGACCAGACUGAGGAUUGUGACAAUGAACAUACAGACCCGCGCAAUUGGAUGGGACGAACAGCGGAGGAAGAGGAAGAUGUUGAGACCGAGAGGACAACAUUACUUCCUGACGAGAUCGCCCACCAUAGUCACAAUCUUAUCAAUGGCAUCUCCCAAAGAUGUCAUAAGCAUUACUCUAGAUUGCCCUUCUGGCUUCAAAAUGGUCUUUCGGUCAUAAAGAGCUUCCUCACGGCACCUCUCAUUGGAGCUGCAAUCGGUGCCGUACUCGGCUUGACCCCGAUACUUAAGCGGGCAUUUUUCGACUCCCCGAGUCAUGGUGGGAUAUUCAAGGCAUGGUUGACGUCGUCUCUCGAAGACGUUGGUGAUCUCUUUGCGGCUCUGGAGCUUGUUGCUGUUGGUGCAAAACUCAGCACGUGCCUCGUGAAAAUGAAGCAAGGCGAAUCGAGCGGCCAGAUGAGGCCGAGCUUUGCCCUGACAAUCUUUUUUAUUAGAUUCAUCAUGUGGCCUAUUGUUAGCAUUGGAACUGUCUACACGAUCGCGUCGAACACCAGGUGGCUGGGUCAUGAUCCAAUGCUAUGGUUUGUGUUGAUGCUCCUACCUACCGGCCCUCCCGCAACAAAGCUUACAGCUUUGGCUGAUGUUAGUGGAACGGAGGAGGAGGAGAAGAUGGCGAUUGCGAAAUUCAUCGCAAUGUCGUAUGCCAUUUCGCCUGUGAUCUGCCUGGCCGUCGUGGGCUCAUUGAAAGCUUCGACCGCCUUGAAAUCGCAACUCAUGGUUUGA